AUGCAGUUCCCAGAAGCGCAGAAGGCCUUAAAUGGUGAAAAGAUUAACACCACUGGCGAAGUCGAUUCCGGCGAGCGCACCGUGUCACCGUCAACAUCGUCGGCAAGCAUUUCUUUCACUGUGUCAAUGAGAGGCAAAAUUGGAAUAAGGAGCCCAAACCCCACUAUCUCCUAUGCCACCAGAAGAGCGCUAGUUGCAUUUUCUACCUCAUCUGGUUUUGGUGAUGGUGGCCGCGGUCGCGGUCGUGGAGGCUCACUCCCUGGUUCAGGGCCGUUUAAUUUCAAUGAAAGAGCUCCUGGUAAGCCUAAUUCCAGUGAGCCCAAAUCUGACACAACAGAGUCACCCAUUCCUCCUGGUUCUGGGCAUGGCAAGCCAAUGCCUCAGUCUGGUGUUCCUUCUUUCUCAUCAUUUUUAUCUUCCAUAAAUCAGCCACCGGCUGGACGUGGGCGAGCUACUGUACCUCAAACUCAAAAUGAUUUGCAGGCAACUGCUGGUUGGGGCCGAGCUACUGUACCUCAGCCUCAAAAUAAUUUGCAGGCACCUGCUGGUCGUGGCCGUGCUACUGUACCUCAACCACAAAAUUAUUUGCAGCCACCUGCUGGUCGCGGCCAAGCUACUGUACCUCAACAUUCGCAUCCACCUGCUGGUCAUGGCCGAAGUACUGUACCUCAACCUCAAAAUGAUUUGCAGCCACCAGACUCUGGACCCAUAAAACCCAUUUUCUUUAAAAGAGAGGACAGUGUUUCUCCAACAUCGACAGAUGAUUUUUCUAUUGAUCACGAGCAUGUUAACAAACUUCCAGGCAGCAUAAUAGGGGUGUUGUCUGGACUUGGACGGGGUAAAACCAUGAAACAGGCAGAUCAGGGAACACCAGUUACCGAAGAAAAUAGGCAUCUUCGCACUCAACGACCUCCUGGUGCGGCUGCAUCUGGGACUUCACCUGAGAGACAGCCAAUACCAAGCAGGGAGGAUGCAGUCAGGAAUGCACGAAAAUUUUUGUCACAAGGUGAGGAUGAUGGAAGUGGCACUGGAAGAGGAAGAGGAUUUAGAGAGAGAGGUGGGCUUGGUCGGGGUAGGGGCAGAGGCAGAGGCCGAGGCAUUGGAAGAGGAGGGUUCAGAAGGAGGGAUGCGGGUGAAAGUGUAGGUCAACAGCAGGAUGCAGAGGAUGCAUAUGCUACAGGGCUAUAUGUUGGAGAUGAUGCAGAUGGUGAGAAAUUAGCCAAAAAGUUUGGGCCUGAGAUAAUGAAUCAGUUAACUGAAGGAUUUGAGGAGAUGGCUGGUAGAGUUUUACCAUCACCAUUAGAGGAUGAGUAUUUGGACGCAUUAGACAUCAAUUAUGCAAUUGAAUUUGAGCCAGAAUAUUUGGUGGAUUUUGAUAAUCCAGAUAUUGAUGAGAAGGAACCAAUUCCACUUCGGGAUGCACUUGAGAAGAUGAAACCAUUCUUGAUGGCAUAUGAGGGGAUUCAAAGUCAGGAAGAAUGGGAGGAAAUAAUGGAAGAGACAAUGGCACGAGUUCCAUUAUUGAAAAAGAUUGUUGAUCACUAUAGCGGACCAGAUAGGGUAACUGCAAAGAAGCAACAAGAAGAAUUAGAAAGAGUUGCUAAAAGUCUUCCUAAAAGUGCACCAUCUUCUGUGAAACAAUUUACUGACCGUGCUGUUAUCUCUCUUCAGAGCAACCCAGGCUGGGGAUUUGACAAGAAAUGCCAUUUCAUGGAUAAGCUGGUUUGGGAAGUGUCUCAGCAUUACAACACAAAACAAAAUAAAGUAGGACCACGUCAUGCAUGGGCUGAAAUCUUCCAUGGAACAGGUUCGUGGUUACGGAAUGCAUCGGUUUUCCAGUUUUCACUUCUCACAAUUUUUGCGCUGAGUUCGGUUUUGAUUUUGCAGUACGAGAAGGUGGAGAAGAUAGGCGAGGGAACAUACGGCGUCGUUUACAAGGCUCGCGACCGCGUCACCAAUGAGACCAUCGCGCUCAAGAAGAUUCGCCUCGAGCAGGAGGAUGAGGGGGUUCCCAGCACCGCCAUUCGCGAGAUUUCUCUCCUGAAAGAGAUGCAGCAUAGGAACAUUGUUAGGUUGCAGGAUGUAGUGCACAGUGAGAAGCGAUUGUAUCUGGUUUUUGAGUAUCUGGACUUGGACCUAAAGAAACACAUGGAUUCAUCUCCAGAGUUUGUGAAAGAUCCACGGCAAGUAAAAAUGUUCCUUUAUCAAAUUCUCUGUGGCAUUGCUUACUGUCAUUCACAUAGAGUUCUUCAUCGAGACUUGAAACCACAGAAUUUGUUGAUAGAUCGCCGUACCAAUUCAUUAAAGCUUGCUGAUUUUGGAUUGGCUAGGGCAUUUGGCAUUCCCGUCAGGACAUUUACUCAUGAGGUGGUGACAUUAUGGUACAGAGCUCCAGAAAUAUUGCUUGGGUCUCGUCAUUAUUCUACCCCAGUUGAUGUUUGGUCAGUGGGAUGCAUAUUUGCAGAGAUGGUAAACCGACGACCUUUAUUCCCUGGGGACUCUGAGAUUGAUGAAUUAUUUAAAAUAUUCAGAAUCUUGGGUACACCAAAUGAAGAAACAUGGCCUGGAGUAACUGCAUUACCGGAUUUUAAAUCAACAUUUCCCAAAUGGCCACCUAAGGACCUAGCAACUGUCGUUCCAAAUCUUGAUGCAGCUGGGCUUAAUCUUCUUUCUAGUAUGUUAUGCUUGGAUCCCAGCAAAAGAAUUACCGCCAGGAUCGCUGUUGAGCAUGAAUACUUCAAAGACAUUAAAUUUGUACCCUGA